UUCUGGAUGCAAUUAUUGUGUGUAUGGACUUGCUUCAGAAGGAAACAAUAGGAAAGAAAUACGAGAAGAGACACAUUGAACUGUUUACAGACCUUGGUAGUCCUGUCAGUGAGGAUCAACUGGAGAUUAUCAUUGCUAACUUGAAGAAAACAGGAAUUUCACUUCAGUUUUUUCUGCCAUUUCCAGUGGAUGUUGAUGAUGGAGGUGGAGAUACAAAUGCCAGUGUACAUCCUGGUAUGCACAGAAACUCUUUUCCGAGAAAGGGCUUAACUGAGCAGCAGAAGCAAGGCAUUGGUGUGGUGAGGAAACUGAUGCAUACUUUGGAUGAAGAAGGAGGGCUGGAAGAAAUUUAUACUUUCAGAGAGAGCCUGGAGCGUCUUUCGAUGUUUAAGAAAAUAGAAAGAAGACCUAUGCCUUGGCCCUGCCAGCUCACUAUUGGUUCUAAUUUGUCUAUAAGGAUUGUGGCCUACAAAUCAGUCACAGAAGAGAAGGUGAAAAAAAUUUGGACAGUCGUGGAUGCUAAAACCCUCAGAAAAGACGAUGUGCAAAAAGAAACUGUUUACUGCUUGAAUGAUGAUGACGAGACAGAGGUUCAGAAAGAUGAUACUAUUCAAGGGUUUCGCUAUGGGAGUGAUAUAGUUCCUUUUUCCAAAGAAGACGAAGAGCAAAUGAAAUAUAAAACAGAAGCAAAAUGUUUUUCUGUUUUGGGAUUCAGCAGAUCCUCUCAGAUCCAGAGGCAUUACUACAUGGGCAACCAGGUUCUGAAGGUCUUUGCAGCAAAAGAUGAUGAGAAUGCAGCAGUUGCUUUUUCUGCCCUUGUUCAUGCAUUGGAUGAGUUGAAAAUGGUAGCUAUAGUGCGCUAUGCUUAUGAUAGAAGAUGCAACCCACAAAUUGGGGUAGCUUUUCCAUAUAUUAAGGAUGCAUACGAGUGUCUCAUCUAUGUGCAACUACCCUACAUGGAAGACUUAAGACAGUACAUAUUUUCAUCCUUGAAAAACAAUAAAAAAUGUAUUCCUACAGCGGAUCAGUUAUCUGCUGUUGACUCUUUGAUUGAUUCUAUGAAUUUGGUCUAUGAAGAUGAUGAUGGAGAAACUUUUGAGGACCUGUUUAAGCCCAGCAAAAUUCCAAACCCUCUUUUUCAGAGGUUAUAUCAGUGUUUGCAGCAUAAGGCUUUUCACCCCAAUGAGCCAUUGCCACCAAUUGAACAGCACCUUUUAGAGAUGCUAGACAUGCCCCGUGUGGUAAAAGAAAGGUGUCAGGCUCCGCUUGAAAAAGUGAAAGCACUUUUCCCCCUAAAGGAAGUUGGCAAGAAAAAAGAAGAGAAGACUGCUCAAGACAUAUUCAAAGACAACAGUGAAGAUGGACCCAACCCUAAGAAACCAGCAUUUGAAGAUGAGGAAGGUAGCUUUAGCAUCAUGAAACUUGCUGAAGGCAAUGUCACCUCUGUUGGCAGUGUUAACCCUGCAGAAGAUUUCCGAAUUCUGGUGAGGCAGAAAAAUGCUGACUUCAAAGACGUGAGUCAGCAGUUGAUAAACCGCAUUGAUCAGUUCCUGGAAAAUAAAGGUUUACAGUACUACAUGAAAGGGAUCAAUUGUAUCAGAGUUUUCAGAGAGGAGGCCAUUAAGCUGUCCAAAGUGCCAUGCUUUAAUGAUUUUCUGCGGACCCUGAAAUCAAAGGUGGAAGAAAAAACCUUAGCUGAUUUCUGGGAGAUUGUGAUACAAGACAGAAUUUCUUUGAUCACUAAAGAUGAAGCAGAGGGAAGUUUGGUGACUAGUGAAGAGGCUGAAAAGUUCUUGUCUCCGAAAGAAAAGAAAAAUGAAACUCUGCCUCCCACAGAUGAAGGUGGUGAUGUUGAUGAUUUGGUGAGUACC